ACAUUAUGAUGAUCAAAGAAUAGGAUUUGGGAUUGGGAGGGAGAGAGGCGACACACGGAAAAAAGCAAGAACGAGGACAUCAUCAGCAGAGUCGAAAAAACAAACGCCAAGAAUUAAAAUUGGAGGCGGGUGGCUCCCAACGUUCCCUUCUUUUAUCUCUAAAUCCACAUUUUCCCCUUUCCACACAUUCCACACACACUCCACAGACACACAACACAAACUUUUUUUCCUCCCUAUCCUGGUGCAGCCUACACACACUGAUACACUCACCCCUGUAAAGUGAUUGAGUGAGUGUGUGUGUAUAUACAUAUAUACACACAUAAAAAUUGUGUGGGUGUUUGAGUUGAGGUUGAUGAAAGAUGUCUCUACACUCGGCGGGCCAAGUGGUGCAGUCUGUGAAACUGUUUGCUGGGAAUGGUAUUAAUGAUAACUGUAGAAAGGACUUGGUGUUUGUUGAUUUUGUUGGGUUGUGUGGCGGCAAGAACUCGAAGAAGAGUGGGAGUCGUCGGAGAUUCGGCGGUGGUGUAAAUAGUAGUAACGCUCAGAGGGGUCAUUUUCUUGGUUUACCAGCGUCGAAGAAAAACUGGGCCACCUCUAUUAAGUCUGUUCUUGAUCUUGAACGUGUUAACAAUGGCUCUCGACAACACUCUUCUGAUCUGAAACCAAAGGUUGCAAACUUGGAAGAUAUAAUAUCUGAAAGAGGGGCAUGUGGAGUUGGGUUUAUUGCCAAUUUGGACAACAAAGCAUCACAUGGAAUUGUUAAGGAUGCUCUUACAGCUCUUGGCUGCAUGGAACAUCGUGGAGGGUGUGGAGCGGAUAAUGAUUCUGGUGAUGGUUCUGGAGUGAUGACUUCAAUCCCUUGGGAUCUUUUCAAUGACUGGGCCAGUGAACAAGGGAUGGGUGCGUUUGAUCAGUUGCAUACUGGUGCUGGAAUGGUCUUUCUUCCAAAGGAUGAGGACCUGAUGAAACAGGCCCAAGCAGCUAUCUUGGAUAUAUUUAAAAAAGAAGGUCUUGAAGUGCUAGGCUGGAGGUCAGUUCCAGUGGAUAUGUCUGUGGUUGGUUACUAUGCAAGAGAAACUAUGCCAAAUAUACAGCAGGUCUUUGUUCAAAUUGCUAAAGAAGAGAAUAUUGAUGACAUUGAAAGAGAACUGUAUAUCUGCCGAAAGUUGAUUGAGAGAGCAGCCAGCUCAGAAACAUGGGGAAACGAGGUUUACUUUUGCUCAUUGUCCAAUCAAACUAUAGUUUACAAGGGAAUGCUUCGAUCGGAGGUUCUUGGCCGGUUUUAUUUUGAUCUACAAAACGAACUUUAUAAGUCCCCUUUUGCCAUAUAUCACCGUAGAUACAGUACAAAUACUAGUCCUAGAUGGCCUCUAGCUCAACCAAUGAGGUUUCUUGGUCAUAAUGGAGAGAUCAACACCAUACAGGGGAACUUGAACUGGAUGCAGUCACGGGAGACUUCAUUGAAGUCCCCUGUUUGGCGUGGUCGUGAAAAUGAAAUCCGCCCUUUUGGAAACCCAAAAGCAUCUGACUCUGCAAAUCUUGAUAGUGCAGCAGAAUUGUUAAUAAGAAGUGGUCGCACUCCUGAGGAAGCCCUGAUGCUUCUUGUCCCGGAAGCAUACAAGAAUCACCCAACUUUAAUGAUCAAAUAUCCUGAGAUUCUUGACUUUUACGAUUACUACAAGGGUCAAAUGGAAGCUUGGGAUGGACCUGCUUUACUCUUAUUCAGUGAUGGGAAAACAGUUGGAGCUUGUCUUGACCGAAAUGGACUUCGUCCUGCUAGAUAUUGGCGAACAGUGGACAAUGUUGUCUAUGUUGCAUCUGAGGUGGGGGUUCUACCAACAGAUGAUUCAAAGGUUGUGAUGAAAGGCCGUUUAGGUCCUGGAAUGAUGAUAGCAGUCGACCUAUCUAGUGGACAGGUGUUCGAGAAUACUGAGGUUAAAAAGCGAGUUGCACUAUUGAAUCCUUAUGGGAAAUGGGUGAAAGAGAAUCUCCGUUCUUUAAAGGCCACAAGCUUUCUGUCGGCAACUCUCAUGGACAAUGAAAUAAUAUUAAAGCGUCAACAGGCAUAUGGAUAUUCUAGUGAAGAUGUUCAAAUGGUGAUUGAAGCAAUGGCUGCUCAAGGGAAGGAACCUACUUUUUGCAUGGGGGAUGACAUUCCUUUGGCAGUAUUGUCUAGAAGGCCACAUAUGCUGUAUGAUUAUUUCAAGCAACGAUUUGCUCAGGUUACAAAUCCUGCUAUAGAUCCUCUAAGAGAAGGAUUGGUCAUGUCUCUAGAAGUCAACCUUGGGAAGCGAGGCAACAUACUAGAAGUUGGUCCAGAGAAUGCAUCUCAGGUGAUUUUGUCAAGCCCUGUGCUGAAUGAAGGGGAGCUCGAUUCUUUAUUGAACGAUCCUGUCUUGAAACCCCAAGUUUUACCUACAUUUUUUGACAUAAGGAAAGGAGUUGAAGGUUCACUGGAGAAAACACUGUACAAACUUUGUGAAGCUGCUGAUGAAGCUGUUCGAAAUGGUUCCCAGCUUCUUGUUCUCUCUGACAGGUCUGAUGAGCUGGAGGCAACUCGGCCUGCCAUACCAAUACUUCUAGCUGUGGGUGCUGUUCACCAGCAUCUAAUUCAGAAUGGACUGCGGAUGCAAGCUUCCAUUGUUGCUGAUACGGCUCAGUGCUUCAGCACUCAUCAGUUUGCUUGUUUGAUUGGAUAUGGUGCAAGUGCUAUAUGCCCAUACUUGGCCUUGGAGACGUGUCGUCAGUGGCGUUUGAGCACUAAAACUGUGAACCUGAUGAGGAAUGGAAAAAUGCCCACUGUUACUGUUGAACAGGCUCAGAAGAACUUUUGCAAGGCGGUUAGAUCUGGCCUUUUGAAAAUUCUCUCGAAAAUGGGCAUCUCAUUGCUCUCCAGUUAUUGUGGUGCACAGAUAUUUGAAAUUUAUGGACUUGGCAAAGAUGUAAUCGAUAUUGCUUUUUGUGGGAGUACGUCAAGCAUUGGGGGAUUAACCUUGGAUGAGUUGGCUAGGGAGACUUUAUCGUUUUGGAUUAAAGCUUUCUCAGAAGAUACUGCUAAAAGACUUGAAAAUUUUGGGUUCAUUCAAUUUAGGCCAGGAGGUGAAUAUCAUGGAAACAAUCCAGAGAUGUCAAAACUGCUCCACAAAGCCGUGCGGCAAAAGAGUGAAACUGCAUAUUUGGUUUACCAGCAGCAUUUGGCUAACCGGCCUGUGAAUGUUCUCAGGGAUCUUCUUGAGUUGAAGAGUGAUCGUUCCCCCAUCCCAGUUGGAAGGGUUGAGCCUGCUUCUUCUAUUGUUGAGCGAUUUUGUACUGGUGGCAUGUCGCUUGGUGCUAUUUCCCGGGAAACUCAUGAAGCAAUUGCCAUAGCAAUGAAUAGAUUAGGCGGGAAAUCUAAUUCAGGAGAAGGGGGUGAGGAUCCAAUUCGGUGGAGUCCACUUACUGAUGUUGUUGAUGGGUACUCUCCGACGCUGCCACACCUUAAAGGUCUUCAAAAUGGUGAUAUUGCUACAAGUGCCAUUAAGCAGGUGGCUUCAGGGCGUUUUGGUGUUACUCCAACAUUCUUGGCUAAUGCUGAUCAACUAGAAAUUAAAAUUGCUCAAGGAGCAAAACCAGGUGAAGGUGGUCAAUUGCCAGGGAAAAAAGUUAGUGCGUAUAUUGCGAGGUUAAGGAAUUCAAAACCUGGUGUUCCUCUUAUAUCGCCACCUCCACAUCAUGACAUUUAUUCUAUUGAGGAUCUUGCUCAAUUGAUUUAUGACCUUCACCAGGUCAAUCCCAAGGCCAAAGUAUCGGUAAAGCUAGUAGCAGAAGCUGGCAUUGGUACAGUUGCUUCUGGAGUUGCUAAGGGUAACGCUGAUAUUAUACAGAUUUCAGGACAUGAUGGUGGAACUGGAGCUAGCCCUGUAAGUUCCAUCAAGCAUGCUGGUGGUCCUUGGGAACUUGGGCUUACGGAGACACAUCAGACACUCAUUGCAAAUGGGCUUAGGGAAAGGGUCAUUCUGAGAGUUGAUGGUGGGUUCAAGAGUGGAUUUGAUGUUAUCAUGGCUGCGCUGAUGGGGGCUGACGAAUAUGGAUUUGGUUCUGUUGCCAUGAUUGCCACUGGCUGUGUCAUGGCUCGUAUAUGCCACACCAACAAUUGUCCUGUUGGUGUUGCUAGUCAGAGAGAAGAGCUAAGAGCGCGUUUUCCCGGUGUGCCUGGUGACCUUGUAAAUUACUUCUUAUAUGUUGCAGAAGAGGUGCGAGGCAUGUUGGCCCAACUGGGCUAUGAGAAACUUGAUGAUGUAAUUGGCCACACAGAUCUACUAAAACGUCGAGAUAUUUCAUUAGUGAAGACUCAGCAUCUUGAUCUUAGUUAUAUUCUCUCUAGUGUUGGAUUACCAAAAUGGAGCAGCAGUACAAUAAGGAAGCAGGAAGUUCAUAGUAAUGGUCCUGUUCUGGAUGAUACGUUGCUUGCAGAUCCAGAGAUAGUGAAGGCUAUCGACAAUGAGACGGUCGUGAAUAAAUCUGUAAGCAUAUAUAACGUGGACAGGGCAGUUUGUGGGCGUAUUGCUGGUGUGAUUGCAAAGAGAUAUGGGGACACUGGCUUUGCUGGACAGCUGAAUAUAACAUUCUUGGGAAGUGCCGGUCAGUCAUUUGCUUGUUUCUUGACACCUGGGAUGAACAUCCGGCUUGUCGGAGAAGCUAAUGACUAUGUCGGGAAGGGUAUGGCCGGAGGUGAACUGGUGGUGACUCCCGUUGAAAAAACUGGAUUCACUCCUGAGGAUGCCACCAUUGUCGGAAACACGUGCUUGUAUGGAGCAACCGGUGGCCAGGUCUUUGUUAGAGGGAAAGCUGGUGAGCGUUUCGCUGUGAGAAACUCGCUUGCUGAAGCAGUGGUGGAAGGCACUGGAGAUCACUGCUGUGAGUACAUGACUGGGGGUUGUGUUGUUAUCCUCGGAAAGGUUGGGAGAAACGUGGCAGCCGGUAUGACUGGAGGUUUGGCUUAUAUUCUUGAUGAGGAUGACACCCUUAUUCCUAAGGUGAACAAGGAAAUUGUGAAGAUCCAGAGAGUUGUUGCUCCGGUUGGGCAAAUGCAGCUCAAGAACCUCAUUCAAGCCCAUGUUGAAAAAACGGGUAGCAGCAAAGGUGCCGAGAUUCUUAAAGAGUGGGACAAAUAUUUGCCGCUCUUCUGGCAGCUGGUGCCCCCCAGUGAAGAAGACACUCCAGAGGCGUGCGCGGACUAUGAGCAGACAACCUCCGGGCAGGUGACCUUUCAGUCAGCAUAAGAAACACCAUAGCCCCCCACAAAACCAACAACACAUGAUUCGGACACAUGCAUCCAAGGUUAGUUUGGAUGGAACAUUUGUCUCAAACAUCUGAACAUGGUAAAUUUGGUGAUGGUGUUAAACACCAAGGUUUGCUGCUGCUGCUAUUCCUGGUUGUCUGAAAAAGCCACCAUUCUCUCACAGCAGUGUCGCUGCAGAAAAUUUAGAUGUUAUUUAGGAUGUCGGAACUAGGUUUCUGUUUCGGGAUCUUGAUCCUUCGCUUCUACCUAUUCGAACUAGAGAAUAUAAGAAGCGGAUGUGAAACAAGAGUCCUAAAAAAGAGAACGGGAAACGCCCCGUGCGCUAUAAUACUGUCUAACAAUACAUUCUUGCAAUGUCCAUAAUUGUAUAUGCUGUUUCUCUUUUAUAGUAUAUAUUUGUCUUAGAUGUAUU